CUUCUUCUUCUAACAAAAUUCAAAAUCAAAAUAUUCACAACUUUAAUUUACAACCUCUCUCUCUCUCUCUAUCAGAUCUGAUUGUUUUGGAGCUAGUACUGAACACAGAGAAAAAAAGCCCCACAAUUUUCCUUCCUAUUCCUACUAAUCUCAGGUUGCAGGUGUUUCUUUAUGAAAAUCUACUAUUUUCUCUGAAACUCGUGGACCCACUUGAGCAAUUAUGUGAUUUAAGCUGAAAACAGCUUCAAAUCUGUGUACCCAAUUGAGUAAUUUUGGGUUUUUGUUUCAUUCAAAAAAAAAAUUGGGUACAGAAAGUGUUGGGUUUUGCUUCAAAUCUGUAUACCCAAUUGAGUGAUUAUGGUGAGGGAGCAAAGGGUUGAUUUGUUUUACUCAAAGCUUCGCGAAUCGGUGACGGCUUCUUCAUACUCUCCUUUGCUUAUAUUCCCAUCAACCUCUGAUGUGGACUCACUCUGUGCCCUCAAGAUUGUUUUCCAUGUCCUUGAAUCUGAUUCAAUCCGGUAUGCUUGUUACCCAGUCUCUUCGUUUCAGGAGAUUCACAAGUAUGCCGGGCCUAAUCUGUGUUCUUCUGAUGAGCCCAUCUCUAUACUUUUGAUCAAUUGGGGGUGCCAUAGGGACUUAAGGAAGAUCCUGAAUUUAGGCCCCGUGGCGCGUGUUUUUGUGGUGGAUAGUCAUAGGCCGAUUCACUUGCAUAAUUUGAGUGAUCAGAAUGAUAGGGUGGUUGUGCUUUAUACUCAGGAUGAUGAGCACCAGGCUGAUUUGGCUUAUGAUUUUGAUGUUUCGGCUUUGGCGAGUGCUAGUGAUUUGAAUAGUGAUGAUGAGGUUGAUGAGUUGGAUAGUGAAGAUGAGAAUGAUAGUGACAGUGAGGAAGAGGAGGAUGGGAGUGGAUCGAGGAAGCGGAGGAAGGUUGCGGGAGAAAAUGAGGAAGAUCCAGUUCAGCUUUUUGGGAAGCUCAAGAAAGAGUAUUAUCAUAUGGGUACUUUUCAUGGAAAGCCUUCUGGGUGUUUGAUGUAUGAUUUGUCUCAUUCUUUGAGGAAGAACACGAAUGAGUUGCUUUGGUUGGCUUGUGUUUCAUUGACGGAUCAGUUUGUUCAUGAAAGGUUAACUGAUGAGAGGUACCAAGCUGGGGUUAUGGAGCUCGAGCAGCAUGUCAACAGCUCGGGGAAUUUGGAAGCAGUGAAUUCGGUGACCCUCAAAGAUGGGACAAAGAUUCGAGCUCCCAAUGCAUCUAGAAUUGCAUAUGAAGAUGAACCAAGACUAAUGUUGUUACAAGAGUGGACUUUAUUUGAUUCAAUGUUGUGCUCUUCAUACAUUGCGACUAAGUUGAAAACAUGGAGUGAUAAUGGAAUGAAAAAGCUCAAGCUGCUUCUAGCCCGUAUGGGAUUUGCACUUGUGGAUUGCCAACAGAAGUUUCAGUACAUGAAUCUUGAAGUGAAGCGGAAGAUGAAGGAUGAGUUUGAACGGUUUUUACCUGAGUAUGGACUUACUGAUUUCUACUACAGGAGUUUCUUGCGGUUACAUGGUUAUCGCUCAAGGGUGUCAGCAGCCGAUGUAGUAUAUGGGGUUACUGCACUGCUUGAAUCAUUUGUCAAAACAGAUGGCUCUUGUGCUUCAAAGCAGUUUGGUGUAGCUUAUGAUGCACUGUCCUUGGGUAACCUUGAUAAGCUGAAAGCUGGAAUGCAAAAUGCAAUCAAGAUUCAGAGGGCAAUUCUUAGGCAAGGAAGCACGGCAAUAACUAAGACUGGUUGUAUAAGAAGUGGAAGAAAAUUCCGGUGGUUAAAGCUUGAAGAUUCAGUGGAUACAAAGCUGCUGGGUUACCCCCAGGCAUUGACUAAAUUUUGUUAUUUUCUGAUGGAUGCCUUGCGAGAGAAGGGAGCAAGAAUGAAGCCUUUGCUCUGUGCUUGCUUAUCACAAGAGCCCAAUAAGGUAUUGGUUGUAGGAGUUUGUGGGAAGCCUCGACUUGGGGCAGUUCAAGGAAAUGCAUUUGGAAUUGCAUUUAGAAAUGCAGCUGAGGAGAUUGGAUCGGAAUUUUUCCAUGAGCUGUUCGAUUCUUCAUGGAUAUUCUUGGAUGCAGCUGCAGUUAAUUCAUUUAUGGUCAGGUUGACAGAAAAACUCUGAUGUACAAUUAUAAAGCAUGUAUGUCUAACACAACCCUUCAGCUUUGUUGAACAUUUUUCUUUUUGUUUUAUGUUAUAGCAUUUCAGAUUAUUUGUGUGACAAA